AUGCAAAUUAAAUAGAAAGAAAAUCUGUAUGAAAUUUUAGCUUCUGCAAAAGAUUUUGAUGAAUAAAUAUACAAUAUUAUUAUAGAAAUGUUUCGUAAAGAAAAAAUUUCAGACUGUUUAGCAUAUCUUUCAAAUGAUGAAAAUCUUUAACAUUAUGAAUAAUAAAUAUUCUAAGUAAUGAAUUUACAAUUUGCCGAUUAAGAGGAGAGAAUUAAUUUCUUAAAAAAUAAUAUGAAGAUAAUGAUGAAUAUUAUGAAAAAAAUUAAUGAUCAUGAAUUUAGUAAUAAUGACUAUUCCUCUGAAAUCUAUUUGGAAGCAAGACAUAGUCUAAUAAAACAAAUAAAAGAUAACGAAAAGAUUAUCUAAUUGUUAUAAUUUUUUGUUCAUCUCACAGCUAUAGAUAAAAGUUUAAUAUAAUGUGGAUCAAAUUCAUUGAAUUUACUAGUAUAAAUGAAAGUUAAUUUAAAGUAUUAAUGUUUUGAAAAUAUCAAAAUUUAGAAUACUUCUUUAAGUGGGGGUAAUUUUGUCAGAUGCAAUUUGAAUGGAUCCGAAUUAGAUAAUGUGGAUAUAAGCGGAAUGAAUUUAAAUGGAACAUUAUUAUAGAAUUGUAAAUGGAAAAACUUAAGAAUUCAUGAACUACAUAAAUUAAAAGGUCAUACUAGUUAUAUCUAUUCAGCAUGCUUCUCACCUGAUGGAACUAUAUUAGUAUCUGGGAGUGACGAUUAGUCUAUCCGUUUAUGGGAUGUUAAGACAGGGUAAUAAAUAGCCAAAUUGGAUGGUCAUACUGGUAGUGCCUGUUCAGUAUGCUUUUCAUUUGAUGGAACUACGUUAGCAUCUGGCAGUGGGGAUAACUCUAUCCGUUUAUGGGACUUAAAGACUAGAAAAAAAAAGGCCUAAUUGGAUGGUCAUACUAGUACUGUAAGAUCGGUAUCAUUCUGCCCGGAUGGUAUUACUUUAGCUUCUGGUAGUGGAGAUAAGUCUAUCCGUUUAUGGGAUAUUAAGACGGGCUAAUAAAAAGUAAAAAUAGAUGGUCAUAAUGAUAAUAUCAACUCGAUAUGUUUCUCACCUGAUGGAAAUACUUUAGCAUCUGGAAGCGAUGAUAAGUCUAUCCGUUUAUGGGAUGUUAAAACAAGACAAUAAAAAGCAAAAUUUGAUGCUCAUACUAGUUAUAUCCAAUCAGUAUGCUUCUCAUUUGAUGGAACAACAUUAGCAUCUGGAAGUUGGGAUAAGUCUAUCCGUCUAUGGAAUGUUAAAACAGGAUAAUAAAUCGCCAAAUUGGAUGGUCAUCUUAAUGAUGUCCAAUCAGUAUCCUUCUCACCGGAUGGAAAUACCUUAGCAUCUGGUAGUGGAGAUAAGUCUAUCCUUUUAUGGGACAUUUAGACAGGAUAAUAAAAAGUCAAAUUGGAUGGUCAUAGUAAUUCAGUCUGGCUAGUAUGCUUUUCAUCUGAUGGAACUACUUUAGUAUCUGGAAGUGUAGAUAAUUGUAUCAGUUUAUGGGAUGUUAAAACAGCAUUAAAAAAAGCUAAAUUGGAUGGGCAUAAUCAUACAGUUUGGUCAGUGUGUUUCUCACCGGAUGCAAUGACCUUAGCAUCAGGUAGUGGAGAUAACUCGAUUCGUUUAUGGGAUGUGAAGACAGGGUAAUAAAAAGUCAAAUUGGAUGGUCAUAUUGAUCAUGUUCGAUCUGUUUGCUUCUCACUUGAUGGAACUACCUUAGCUUCUGGUAGUGGAGAUAAGUCUAUCCGUUUAUGGGAUGUUUUGACAGGAUAUUAAAAAGCAAAAUUUGAUGGCCAUAGUAAUUCUGUCUGGUCGGUAUGCUUCUGCUUUGAUGGAAAUACCUUAGCAUCUGGUAGUGAGGAUAAGUCUAUUCGUUUAUGGGAUAUUUAGACAGGAUAAUAAAAAGCUUAAUUGGUUGGUCAUAAUGAUUCAGUCUGGUCGGUACGCUUCUCACCUGAUGGAACUACCUUGGCAUCUGGUAGUGGAGAUAAGUCUAUUCGUUUAUGGGAUGUUAAAACAUUAUAAUAAAAAGCCAAAUUAGAUGCUCAUAAAAACGAUGUAUUAUCUGUAUGCUUCUCUCCUGAUGGAAAUCUCUUAGCCUCUGGAAGUGAUGAUAAAUUUAUUAGUUUAUGGGAUGUUUAAACAAGAUAAUUAAAAGCGAAAUUAGCUGGUCAUAGUAAAUAUGUCCGAUCUGUAUCCUUCUUCCCCGAUGGAAAUACCUUAGUAUCUGGUAGUGGAGAUGCCUCUAUCCGUUUAUGGGAUGUUAAAACAUUAUAAUAAAAAGCCAAAUUAGAUGCUCAUAGUAAUUGUAUCAACUCUGUAUGCUUGUCUCCUGAUAAUAAUACAUUAGCAUCAGGUAGUAGUGAUAAAUCUAUACGUUUAUGGGAUGUUAAAGCAGAUAAUUAAAUUGAACCUUAAGAUAAAAAUUCCAAAAACCUUGUAGCAUCUCCAAUAAAUUCAAAUGAUCCUCUUUCAAAUGGUAUGUUUUCUUUAUUUAUUUUUAGUAGCCUCUUAUAUUACCAUCCUCCUAAUAUCCCAAUAACCUAUAUUUUAAGCAUAAGGAGCUCAGAUUCUAAAUGGGUAAUUUGAGCAUAAAUCAGGCAUAAAUUUAAAAACAUUAUUUAAACAAAAAGGAACUUACUAUUAAGUAGCUCAACAGUAAAUUUAGAAUUGA